UUUUGGAGGAGCAAGUAAGCGAAAUAUUCCAUCGCGCCGACGACGACUAGGCGCCCAACCGAACCAAACAUACAAAGACGAGGCGGCUUUGCUUUUACCUGGCCCUGACGAUCGGCCCGCGACACUCGCCGCACAAAUUCCCCCCGGUGACGGCAGCAAAACCAGACUCACAAACAUGGCGUCAGCCGUGGCAAAGCCAUCAAAGCCUCUGGCUUGGGCCGACGACGACGACGUGGACGAGGGCGCGCCGGCAACGGACCGGCUGCCGGACCCGCAAACCAUCGUCAACAAGGACGGCACCAAGACCAUCAUCAGCUGGCGCUACAACGACGUGAACCAAAAGGUCAAGACGACCAGGCGGGUGCGCCUGACGACGCACCGCGAGGUCGUCAGCCCGCGCGUGGCCGACCGCAAGACGUGGGGCAAGUUCGGCCUCUCGGCCAAGGACACCGUGGGCCCCGCGGCCGACACGACAUCGGUGGGCGAGAACAUCAUCUUCCGGCCCUCGGCCAACUGGCGCAAGGAGGCCAAGGACGAGUCCAAGGACCCGAACGCAAACGCCAUGAAGGACAAGCUCAAGGACAAGAAGGUCAAGUGCCGCAUCUGCAACGGCGAGCACUUUACGGCCCGCUGCCCUUACAAGGACACCAUGGCCCCCGUCGGCGAGGCCGGCGCCGGUGGGCCGGGAGGCCCGGGUGGGGACAUGGGGCUCGAUGACGACAUGGGAGGCGGCGGCGGCGGCGGUGGCGCGGGCGGCGCGGGGGCCGGUAAGAAGGGCUCCUACGUGCCGCCCGCCCUGCGCAAUGGCGGCAAGGAGGGCGAGAAGAUGGGCGGCGCCGGCGGCAAGUACGGCGAGAGGGACGACCUCGCGACCCUUCGUGUUACCAACGU